AUGGCUUCUCGACCAGCACCGAAUCCAAUGCAGCGGUCAGCAGAUCCAUCCUCAUCCUCUUCUGAUCCUUCUGGCAGUGUCAUCCGCGCCGAUAAUGGGCAAAACGGAACAUCUGGCUCCACUAAGCGACCCCAUCGAACGUAUGCAAGAAGAUCGUGCUUGUCGUGUAGACAAAAGAAGACGAGGUGCGAGUUGCCGGAUAUUUACGUCGAGAGCAGCAAGGAUAAGCCAGUGCCGGCUGCCAAGAGGUGUCACCGAUGCAGCGUAUUGCAGAUCGAGUGUUUCGUGUGGGAUGGCGACCGCAAGCGUGUCCGGAAACUACCAAGCAAGAGCGACGGUGAGUCUUGAAGUAUGGCAGGCUGAUAAGCAGGUCAAGCUCAACGAGUGUGCUUGACGCCAUUCCUCACCAGCCAAACGCGGGAGCGUGCAGGCAGAUGACGGCCCAGAGGACGAUGAAGUUGCUUCGAUUGCGUCGGAUGGCGCCGCCGAAGAAGGGCAAAAAGAUAGUAGAGAAGGCGAAGCUAUUCAAAAUCUCAUGUGGCUGCCAGAACCGAUUGCUCCAGCUGCAGAGGGCAAACAGGGCGGAAACGGUCAUGCGACGAACGGCGCGGCUGCGCUUGCAGCAGACCCGUCCGACUCCGCUGCUGCGAAGGAGCAACGAGGAGCAGCCCAGGGCACCUCGGCCAGCACUGUAUCAGUGGCGAAGCGCCGACGACGCAAGCCGCACGAGCAGGUAGUGAUCAACAGCAGCUUCCAUCCAUAUCUUCUCUUUAGCGAAGUCUUGAACUCCUACCCAGGCUUUGGGCGCGACAUGGGCUCUGGCUUGGCUAGGCCUGCGGAUCGGAGAGUCAGGAUUCCUCUCGACCCUGCGGAUAUUGUCGACGAAGGGCUCAGUCAGCAAUUGGAGGAGCAGUGAGUGCGGAGGUCAGUCUAAGUUUGACACGUUAUCACGUACGCUGAGGCAUAAGCGGGCCGCCCCCUCAGCCUGAUGGGCCACCGACUCAUGUACCCUCAUAUACCUACGCUGUCUUUCGUGCGGGCGGCGCAUCUCGAAGAUCCCGUGCAAGCCACAGCGCUGCUCUUAGCUGCGCUAUACAUUCUUGCGCUGAGGGCUUCAGAUUCACCCUCCGCGCCUCGCUCGGAUCCCGAGGCGACAAAGCAGCGUCUGUGCGCUUUGGAAGCGUCGGUACACGCGCACGGCGUAGCUGUGCUUUUGAGCAGACCCUUUUGCCGGCAUGCGGUCCUCGCACUCGAGCUCAUCUCGCAGUAUAUGCCGUUUGUGCUACUGCCGGCCUCCAGCAUGAGUCCUGGCGCAUGCGCGCCUGAGGGUGGUAUUGGCCUUGCGACGCUCGGGGCGACUGCUCGACGCAUCGCCGAGUGUAUCGAGCUCGACAAGGCACCUCAACGCCUGCACAUGAUGUGUCGACGCAUUGAUCAACGACGGGAAACGCCAAAUCCACGCUUGUUGGCGCCGUUGCUGUGGGACGCUUGCCAAUGGUACUCGCUCGUUGCGGCUGAGAACGAGCGGGAUAUCGGCCACGAUCCAUGGUCUCCCACCGCUACAAGCGAGAUCGACGACGCGAUGACGGUUCUACUGGGUGGGGAUCCCGAUUUGGGGACGCCAAUACUGGCGACGAUGCCGUUCAACGUGCCGGACACAGUGCAAGUGCACGCCGACGGAUUGUCGCGACAAGCCUGUGCCUCGAAUGACGCAGAAGAGCUUGCAGCGGCUGCGGAGACGUUCAUCCUCAAAUUUCCAUUCAUACCGCCUCUGCUUGGCCGAUACUCUUUGGCUCUCAGAUACAAGUGGAUGAUCAUCCGUCGCGAUCGUUGUCGGAUCAUUAUGAAACCAAAACAAAGCCAGCAAUACCACUAUUCUUCCCUUGAGGAGCACGAGAAAGAAACAGAGAUCGCCAAGGACGAAGCUGCACUCGCGAAAGGUGAGAUUUGUCGGGCUCUUCACCUCCUAUAUCUACUGAUGCAUCGUCUGUUUCUGCUCCCCUCGGCUAGCGCGCUUGUUGACCUGGUUGCCUGGCAAUGUGAACACGAACGAGACACACAACACCCUUGCUUUUAUGAUCGAAAUGCUCAACUUCUACGUUGGAGUGCACGACUCGAAUUUGCACAACCUCAGCAUGUGGUUCGCCAUCUUUGCCGCAAAGGCAGAACUUGAGGCUGAGGACCCGUUCAUUGGGAAGGACAGAUCGUCUCAAGCCAAAGCAUGCGACGAGGCGACUGGUGGCGAAAAGGAAUCUCCAGACGGCGCCACUUCGACGAGCACGACGCCCUCCUCGGAUGCUCUCGCAGCUAGGCGUCUCAGUAACCGGCCAGUCUCCCAAAAGAAGGGCGAGGACAUAAUGAGUCUCAUCAUCGCCGGCAUUUGUAGUCAAGGCCCCAUCGGAGAGCUACUGCAUCGAUUUGGCUUUACCAAGAUUGACCGAUUCGAAGAAGCGUUGGGCUCCUUUGUGCAGCUCGCUUCGUCGACGUGUCGCUCGGCUCGUGCCAUGCCUCCGGUAUUUUUUGUGGCCAACGUCGUCUUCGUCUGCAAAUCCUACACAGAAGAUGCAGCUGCACGGCUCAAGGGGUGGGGCGGAAUGCACAAGCGAGCUACCACGCACUUUGUCCUCUUCUCUGAAGUCGCACGCAGACUCGAAUCCGUUUGGGCCGUCAAUUGCGGCCAGGCGAACACGGCUCGCGAGGCCAACUUGGGCGCAGCAGGGGCUCAUCUCGUGCGCGGUCUCGUUGGAAUCAUGGAGACUUGGAAGCGCAUCGCAGAGAGGCGUGGCGCACCGCCGACCGGCGAGUACAACCCGAGGUGGUCGACUCAAGCAGGAGUCUUUUCUCGGCCAGGCGAGGCGGCAACGGGCACAGAUAACAGUCCAAGCGUAAUGACGCGCUCCGACCUAUUCGAGCCAGGCGCAACAACCGAAUCACUGCUGGCUUUGUCAUCUCGGCCAACUACCGCCACUUUGUCUGCUCCGUCUUCCACUGCCCCGUCGUAUCCGAGUCGCGGUGAUCUGUUAGAAGGGCAGUCCACUGCUCUUCAGAACUGGGCGGCGCCGGUCUUGGGCCGGCCCGAGUCUCAGGGCGAGCUGCUACAGCCAAUUCAGGCCGUGGCUGCCGCUGAUACCUGGGCUGGCGCUUCCUCGGGCCUCUACACCGCACCGGAGAGAGGAGCCUUGCCGCCAGAUUCGAGCUUGGGCGCAGGACAUCACACCAAACACGGCACGGGAGGUCCUGCAGGCAUUGAGCUUCGUGCGGGCGACCUGAGCUUUGCAGACCUCUUCCCUGAGUAUGCGUCAGCUGCUACCACACCGUUCCCAAUCAGCCGAGCGGAGGAAACGAGCGGUCUGCCUCACGCGACUCAGAACCCCCAGGCCUGGAACGUGUCGACCAACUUUGCUGCGUCCGACAGCGCUUCAGGCGAUGCUUUCUGGCCAGCUUCUGCGAACACUGCCAGUGCUCACUUGGCUUCGCAGCAAAACAGCGGCAACGAUGCACUUGGCGCUAUCCUACAAUCACUCGAAGGACCUUCGGACGCUUUUGUGCCUUUUGUGCCUCUGGAGGGUUGGCUGGACCUUGCUGAUCUGGACACCAGUCCCUUUGGAAGUGGCAGCAACUCUUCGCGGCCCUCGGCCGAGAAGACUACCGCGCAGCAUCACCACAACGCAUCCGGCGCUGACGGCUGGGCCAGCUUGAUGGCUAGUUUGCGCUAG